AUGGCACAAGAGCCGAAUGAGGAAGUAAGCACGCCGGGCGCAGACAGCGGCUUAUGCAGUUUUGACCUCUGUGGAAGGGCGUCCAGAGUGCUAGGUGCUGAGAGCCGAUUUAGGUGCUGGCCGAAUAAAGAAAGUUAAUUGGGGAAACAGCGCGUGGCUAUGAGACGAUGAAGGGAAAGGCGCGAAAGCUCCUUCUUUCGGAGUGUAGAAGGGGGGACGUCUGAAGGAUGGGCGAGUAGAUGGGGGUGUUGACGUCGCUACGAGUAUUGUGAGGUGCGGAAGGACUGGGCAGAGGGAGAUAGGAUGAAGGAGUAAGAUUCGUAGCUGGACGAUUCCAGGAUUGGUGCCAGAUGACUGGAGGCUGGAUGUAAAUGAGGGGAAGCUAUACAAGUCCUUCACAAUUGUGAGUUGGCAGGGGGAGAGGAAGCGCAAUCACCAAUCCCGCCUUGUCCAUCGUCGUGAGCGCGUGUGCAGCAAGCAGCACUCAAAAUUGCAGGCAAGUUGGCCGGUACGGAUGCCAAGGGGAAGGGGGCAAGCGCGUAAGGGACGCACGCACGCGCACAUCAUGGAAAGAUCCCGCGCGCGCCAGAAAGUCUGUCGCGAGCAUCAUCGCAGCAGCAGCUGGCGAGUCACCAUGCAACCCGCUGCGCUCGGAUCCCGCGUCGCGCGAGUCAUGAUAUCACACAGUCUUGAUGCUCGACUCUUUCACGGCUACAAAGCCGUCACUGUGGGCGCCUGCCAUGCAAUUGCUGCUGCAUCGCGACUCACCACUCGGACAGACUGCCGUGAGGCCAUCAUGCAGCCCCUGUUGGACUUUCCUAUUUCACCACGCAUGAAAGUGUGGUCUAAUAAACGAAUCGACGUGACCGGUGCCUGCAGAGCACACAGCUGGCACGCCACUUGCUCGCCAUGCCUCUCGUAAGGAUAAACACGAUCGAGCUUUUGUGAUCGCGGGCAGGGCUGCCGCUGAUGGGGAUGGCAUCCAUGCGCCAUGCAUCAGCAGCAGCGAUCCGCCUCCGUGCAUAGACGCUCGCAGCUCGUCUGCAUCCGCGCAGCAAUUGUUUGGCUUCAACAAGGCCUUUGCCUAUCGCGCUUCGCAAGCUUAUUCUAGCUGCCUCGAUCAUUCAUAGUCAAGAAUGGUACAUAGCGAAGUAUCUGCCAACGUUAUGAGAAAAAUCAGCCAAUGAUAUUCAUAACUAACACGUUAGCGAGCGCUCAAUUGACUGAGACCUGCACAACAAAUAGCCGCUAUUACUAGCUGUUGCCGCACGGUGCUGCACACGAUGAUGCUUUCGCCUGCUGAGCAAUCACACGAAACCUUGAUCGCGACAAGGCUGCACAGCAGCCGCCGCCGCCUUGCUUUCAACAGCAAGCUAGGUGUCUAUAUGAAAAUUGGCAACAAGCACACACAAUCACAAACAAAGUGCACUUAAAAAGCGUGUCUUAGGCCGAUAUUAUGACACAUAUGAGCAAGGGCAGGUCCGAGCUGCCACACGGUCACGAUUUCAAACUCCGAAGUUGCUGCUGAUGAUGAUGCCGCACACCCCCGCCCCCGCGCCCCCCAGUCUCGCUCCGCUGUGCCAUCUGGCGCGCUUCAUUUGGAUGCAACAACCGCAAUGCUGGACUCGACACCGAAGGCUCGCGGUUGUGUGAACCCCUGCGUGAAUAAUUAAGCUCCUCUGACGGCAGGAAUUCCUUGACCGGCCUGAAUUCAUGGCUAGCUGUGGCAAAGUCGUCCUGACUUAAAUGAAUCGUCCCCUUGCGUCGCACGCGCCGCGCGGAGGGGCGGGGCGCGCCGAGCGCUGGUGCCGGUACGGCAUGAAUCGAUCUUGAAUGCUGCCGCGCGGAUCUCAAAUGGCUGUGAUGAGUCUACAUGAGGCCGCCCAAAGCAAGAGUCAAGCAUGUCACAAGACCGGGUGAGAUCAAAGGCGGGUCUUCGGUCGAGUCUUGGUGCGUGCUGUUGGAUGAUCUUCUGCAUUGCUUCAAGUCCUUACUGCAUCACGUGAUUCACAAGACAUCGUCGCGCCACGGAGUGCGCGAGAGAACCGCGCGACGCGACCCUUCAUACCACAGCUCGUCAAAAGUUUCACUGCAUGGCAUUGAGUCACGGUGACUGCGAAACCAGUCAUGCUGAGCGGAGAAGGUAGAAGGGGCCUCCAUUGACACGACCAUACGUAUCACACACCUGAUCCAGCACUCUUUGCUUUCCAUCUCGUACACGAACACAGCUGCAAGUAUCGAAGUCCGUCUCUGACCGGCCUUCGCAAACUCUUUGACACCUCCGACGCGCCCCCUUGUCGAGUAUAUGCAUCACACCCGCAAUCGCAAUUUAAGACAGCACACUUCACAACGCUCUCACACACAGACAUCGCGAGAAUCUGGACAACAUGGCGCAGUUUACAAUGACCCCGCUCUCAUCGAUGGUGGCUCCUCAGAUCACCAGCAGCCUUCGCUUCGACCACCUUCAGCCGAGGCACAUCGAGGCGUACAGCAAUUCAACAGAGUUGCUCAGCGUGCCGGCAGACGCCACGCAGCGAGACUUGCACUGCAAGAUGAUCGAGAGGAUGACGAGCCUGCAUUAAAGGGCUUUCAUCCUGACUGCGAUGACGACGAAGCCAUCGCUCGGGCAUUGGCCGAGGCGGAUGACCACCAUUCGAGAUCGCCCGGCGAUCAGGAAGCGACAGCCUCGGAGCUCGAUUCUGAAGAGGCCGACUCGUGAGUCUUCGCACUCCAGCAUGCUAGCGGCCCAUCGUCAGUGCGCUCAUAGACUAACUAGAACUUGUAUGCGGCCCGUAUCGACAGGUGUCCCUUGCUGCACCUUCCGCCUGAGCUGCUGGUCAGGAUUCUCGCGUUCUUGGACCCAAUCAGUCUGGCAACAGCUGCCCGCACGUGUCGUCUAAUCGGUCAAUGGACUCGAGACGAUUCGACGUGGCGUUUGGCUUUCGCUCUCGCUUUCGGCCUAGAGAAUAAAGACGUGGUGCCCAGUUUGCGGCGCAUCGAGUCCGGAAGCUGGAAGCUGGAGUAUUUUCGCCGCUCAGAGACUCUUCGCCGCUGGCGCAAAUCGCGUGCACCCACUGUCAUCCACGAUCCGCACAUCGCGACGCUCAGCGGAUUUGCACUUAAUCUGCAGCAUUCGUUCCUUCUCUCGGUAUCGCAGACCCACGGAGUCGCCGCUCGAUCCAAUCCAUUUUCGGGCAAGGUUGCCCUUGGCUUCCUGGACGCCCGUGGAGGCAUCGUCAAUCAUACCUCCCACGCGGACGCGCUCAUUAGUGCAGUCGCUCUCGAUGCCGAUGCAGGGCGUGUCAUUUGGGGAUCGGUCACCGGUGGCGUCACUCAAACGACUUUGACGCGACAAGGCAACAAGCCGCACGCCCUCAUUCGCAGUCAUGCCUUUUCGGGUCGUGCAGCGCAUGCUGGCAGUAUUCUAGCAAUUGCGCCAGCUCUUGAUGGCAACAAACCAGGCUCCCAAGGAAUCGGCAGAGCUCCUGAGCGUCUCCGACAGAAGCAGGAGGCCCUCGGAGAUGCUGCACUGACUUUUGUCACCGCUGGUACUGACGCUACAGUCCGUCUGUGGUGCCCAAGCCGGCCUGUGCCCUUGUGGACAGGUCUGGUCAAAGCGCAGCAGCGCGACGACAGCGGCGCGAUUCUACCGCCUUCGCGAGUUGCACCGCCGCCAGUGGUAUGCGUCGACUACGAUGCAUCAGCGGGCGUCGUUGCUGCCGGCACGUCUGAAGGAGAAAUCUGCAUCUGGAAAAACCUCGAUGUCAAAGCACUUCUCGCACUACCAGCUACUGCCCUUGAAGAGCCAGGAGCGAUAGCAACACCGUCGCAGCGAGAGGCGAGGGAGCGCUAUCGAGCCGUGCUCUCUGCCGUCACCCGGCACGAGCUGCCUAAACCUGCCAAAUACGCCAUGCACGAUCCAGCAGUGGAGUCGGUAGUGCUCGAGCAAGCCCCGAUCCAAAUCUCAGCCUCGUGCUCAAGCAAACCAGUCAGCUUGCUAGCACGCUAUGCGAGAGCGCCCUUCUUUUGCAAGCAUACGCUUCAUCCUUCAGGCGCCGGACAACAAGCGCGUGUUAUCAGCAGAAUGUUUAGCUCUCCAACAAGCACGGCAAUCACGUCCGUCAGGCCUGAUUUCGAGAUGUAUGCUCUGAAGGCUCGUCGCCAUGCAACGUCCGCCCAGGGGCAAGUCGUCAAAGAGUCCGAAGCUACCCCUGUGCCGGUUCCUUCGAGCUCCCUCGUCCUCGGGCAACCUUCUACUCCGCUUGGCGAGGCAAGUUUUGCGGAGCGAACAUGUGUAUUUGCGGGCACGAUGGACGGACACGUCUGCGCAUGGGACUGGAGCGACGAUGCUACCAGUGCAUCUCUGUGCAGCCCAGUCCGAUCGCUUGAGAUCCGCGCGCACCAUUGCGCCAUCACGGCAAUAGACGUGACAGCACACGCUGUGGUAGUCGGCGCUGCCGACGGGACCAUCAAAGCCUUUUGCCCUCUUUCCGGGGCGCACAUUCGGACAUUUAACGAUCGCACCGCUACACGCCAUCCAGCCCGAGCGCUCAUGGCCGGAGACAUGUCAGUCGAAGAGGCAUCAAAGUACGCGGUCAGCCAAAUUGCAAGUGGACCUGACACGCUGGUGGCCGCCAUCGGUCCACACGUCCUGGCGUGGCGAGCUGGUCCUCUGAUCAAAGGCAAGCGCGCGUUAGGGUUGACAGGUGAGACAGGCUUGAACAGAUCGUCGGGAAGACCGGCGCGCACCAAGGAGAGCAAAUUCGUGGUUGGUAGAGAUCUUCGCGACGACGUUCAAGAGACUGCCACACGGCUCCAAAACGAGCGAGACUCGGCGCAAGCCGAAUGCCAUCGUUUGCGCUUCGUAGCAGGCAGUGCAGAGAACGACCUUGACGAGCAGGACGCUCUGCAGCUGGCUUUGAUGCUCAGUAGAGACGAAGCCGAAGCGGGUAAAUUCCGCGCCGUCGAUGAGCACGGAGUCGCCGAUGGCCCCUCUUCGAGUCGCACACCAGCACGCGGUGAGACCCCUCCGCCAGACGAUAUUGAAGCGGUGUUGCAACAAAUUGCGAUAGCGGAGAGCCAAUGGCAAGCAGAGCACGAGCGUGCUGAGCGCAGUACCUCCACCUCCGCUCAAGAAUCAGAACACGAUUUCACUGGUGUUGAGGACUUGUCCACGUCAGCUUCUCCAUCUCCUUCGCCGUCCCCGCACUCAUUACCGCUGACGUCCCCGUCGCGGGCUUGGGACAUUAUCGCCACGGCAGGCUCUUCCGCUAGUCCGUCUACGCGAGCUAUGAGGAGGACGCCAAAUGCCAAGGUUCAGACUGUGCAGGUCCCUGCAGCCGCUCGACGAGGCUCGCAAAGAAGUCUCGCAGGUGGUAGCCUAAGCGGGAGUUUGACUGGAUCGGCGAAUCUCAGCGCCACAAGCGGACCGUGGACUCCCGCGGGCGUUGGCGAUCCCCCAGAGCUGAACUUGGACAGCUCUGAUGCCUGGCCCCUCGCAACGAGCCCUUCGGGUCCUCAUGCAACGAUGAGCAUCCCGUCUCUCUCGACAUCAGAGGUAGCCAGCCCUUCGGCUCACGCAUGGCGGAGAAGCUCGAGUUCCAGUGCUGGUCCGUCUCUUCCAAACUCGCAUGCCCCUUCUUCUUCGAGCUCCAGCAAAGGCGGCAACCACAAUGCCUGGGUUCGUGGCAGCAUUUCGCACCAGGAUUCGUUGUGA